CUCGCCUUACAUGUAACUUUUUGGAAUCGAAAUAGGCUAUAUAUUACCUCAGUUUCAGUGACAUUUACCUAGCUAAUGUUUAAAUAAUAACUGAACAACGUUAAUAAACCCACCAUGCCUAUCCGAGCAAUUGUUUUCGACCUCCUUACCGCUCUGCUAGAUAGCUGGAGCCUCUGGACCACCGCAGCAGCCAACGACUCGGAGCAAGCACUCACAUGGCGCAAACGGUACCUCGAGCUAACCUUUGGCUGUGGCGCAUACCGGCCCUACGAGGACCUCGUCCGCAUUGCAGCUGCCGAUGUUGGCCUCUCCGAAUCAGCGCCAGCCGCUUUGAUCGCCAAUUGGGAUAAACUACAACCAUGGCCAGAGGCAAAGGAGACUCUUGCCCAACUACGAGCACGCGGGUAUCUGCUGGGUGUAGUAUCGAAUUGCUCGAUUGAGCUGGGCCAGCGCGCAAUUGCGCGGUGUGGUGAGACCGCCGCGACAUUCGAUGCGUUCGUUACUGCCGAGGAGGUGGGCUUUUAUAAACCACAUCCAAAUACGUAUCGUGAUAUUCUCGCGGCCCUUGGUGUGCGGCCGGAUGAAGCUGUUUUCGUAGCUGGGAGCAAUGGGGAUGUUGUUGGUGCUGGAGCCGCGGGGAUGUCGGUUGUUUGGCAUAAUCGAAUUGGAUUGCCAGCGUUGCCAGGGUCUUCGCCUCUUAUAGAGGCGAAUUCCUUGGAUGCCGCCUUAAGCCAGUUUAUAGCCUAGUCACCAAUGAGGUUCAUGCAAAAUGACGGCUUAUGAUGUGUAUUACUAUGUUUAAAUGUGACUGCACGUAUGCGUGUACAUAAGAUCUGUACGGCGCAGCAUGCGCCUGUGUUUGAGAAGUAAAAUAAUAUAAACUGGACUUUUAUACA